GUGUGCCCCGGAACCGCCGGGCCGCCAUAUUGAGUGUGUCCCGGAACCGCCGGGCCGCCAUAUUGAGUGUGCACUGGGCACUGUGGCAGCGGACAGGCACGGAGACGAUGCGGUCGGUACGGAGGGUGAACGCUGCGCUGACAAACCUCACCGCAGCGAGGUUUUACUCUGCCAGACUCGCGCCCAGGAGUGAGUUUGCAGCGGAUGUGGAGAAACUCCCACCUCAGGAGCCAGAGGUAUCCAAGUUGUCAAAUGGAUUGGUGAUUGCCUCCCUGGAGAAUUACUCACCGACCUCGAAAAUUGGUGUCUUCAUAAAGGCGGGCAGCAGAUAUGAGAGCACCAGUAACUUGGGCAUCACUCACGCCCUGCGCCUGGCAGCCAACCUGACCACAAAGGGAGUUUCAUCAUUCAAAAUAACCCGUGGCAUAGAAGCUGUUGGUGGCAGCCUGAGUGUGACAUCGACAAGAGAAAACAUGAUCUACACGGUGGAAUGUAUGCGAGACUAUGUUGACACAGUGAUGGAGUAUUUGAUCAACGUCACUGCGGCCCAGGAGUUCAGGCCAUGGGAACUAUCAGAACUCCCUACAAAACUGAGACUGGACAAUGCUGUAGCCUCUCAGAACACACAGUUAGGUGUCCUGGAGAACUUGCAUGCCGCUGCUUAUCGCAGUGCCCUGAGCAACCCCCUCUACUGUCCAGAUUUCAUGAUUGGUCAGCACACCACAGAGCAGCUGCAUCACUUUGUGCAAAGUAACUUCACAACUGGAAGAAUGGCUCUUGUGGGGCUGGGUGUGAGCCACUCAGUUUUGAAGCAGGUGGGCGAGCAUUACCUCAACAUGAGGAGCGGUACCGGUGUGGCUGGGGCCCCAGCCAAGUUUCGUGGAGGGGAGAUCCGUGAUCAGAAGAGUGGCCCUCUGGUUCACACGGCCGUGGUAGCGGAGAGCGCAGCCACUGGGUCGCCCGAGGCCCUGGCGUUUGGAGUCUUGCAGCAGGUUCUUGCUGCUGGACCUUACGUCAAGAGGGGCAGCAACGUGGCCAGCAAGUUGUAUCAGGCAGCACUAAAGAAAAACACAGGGCCAUUUGAAGUUUCGGCAUUCAAUGCCAGUUACUCUGAUUCCGGGCUGUUUGGCAUCUACACUAUCUCGCAAUCUGCUUCUGCAAGUGAUACUAUCAAGGCUGCGUUGAAAGAAGUCCAGAAGGUUGUGGAAGGCAGUGUCACUGAGGCUGAUGUUACUCAAGCCAAGAACCAGCUCAGAGCCAAGUGGUUGAUGGAUGCCGAAUCAUCUGAUGAGCUGCUGGAUGAGAUUGGCUGCCAGGCGCUGGAGACGGGCACGUUUGUGGCCACUGUGGAUUUGGUUCAGCGGCUCGACUCUGUGUCAGUCACCGAUGUGGUGAAGGCUGCGAAAAUGUUUGUCUCUGGGAAGAAGUCGAUGGCCGCCAGCGGCAACCUGGCGAACACACCGUUUGUUGAUGAAUUGUAAACUUGUUCUGCAAACCAAUCUAACCUGACUGAGUUGUACUGGCACAGUCGCUGCUAAUAAAGUAUAUAUCAUUGUCCCAGAAAA